AUGGGUGCAUACAACAACGAUGGUAAAUUGAAGAGAGUCAUAGAAGCUGCGGCGAAUUCGAGGAAGGAUAGUGGUCCCAAGCCCGAAAGUGAAAAUGAGCCCGAUGCGAAUGGCAACAAGGAACUACCGCCACAAACUUCAAGAGAUAUGAUACCCUUUCCGGGAAAUCGAAAGUUCAUAAGCCAGCCUGUGUUGAGUGAAGACUUGCGGGAGCUCAUUUGGAGAAGAAUCAUGCAAGAUGCUAGGUCGGUGAGAGAAGUUAGUGCCGAGCUUGGAGUUGAAAUGAGUCGUGUGGGAGCAGUCGUGCGACUUAAGGAGAUCGAGAAAGAAUGGGAACGAUUGGGAAAACCUCUUGCGAGACCUUACGCCGAUGCUGUUAUGUCAAUGGUACCCGUAACUCAACUAAAUCCGGCCGGCAAAACUUCACAUGAGUCAAUCAACGAUUUACCUAUUCAUGUAGCAACAGGACAACAAAUUUUCCACCCCACUUCGGAGUCGAGACAUUUCACACGGGAGGAUGCUGCGAAGAUUUUCGACGAGAAACUUCUUUCCGCAGACAAAAGAAUACCACAUCCCGAGUUGAUUGAGAUACAUAAAGACUUUAGAGCUGGAUUGUCUCGAGAGGAAAGGAAUGCGCGACAAGACGCAAGAGACCAAGCAGAAGAUGAAGCGAGACAACUUAUAGCUGAUCGGAAAGCAAAGGAAGAGGCCAAGAUAACGAAGGUUAACACGGCUAGAUGGGAAUUCAGAAUCAAGGAAAUUAAUGUUGAUGAUAUCGGUAAAGACGGUAGGGGGGCACACGGAACAGGCUGGAGGUACGGAAGACCUUUGAUGGACAGAAAGAGAGGACAGGUAAAGAUUCCUACAAGUGUGCAAUAA